AGAUUCCAUUUCUAUCGCAAAUAAACAACAAAGCCUGUACAGAGUUGCUGCGACUUCGAUUAAAGGGCUGUCACUCGAUCGUAAUAACAACCAAAUUUGGAGUUAUCUUCCGUUGCUACCCCCACUGACUUCAGUCUGCCUCUCGAUAUCUACGAGGAAUUCCUCUUCGGUUCGCCCGAAAGCAGGACAAUGCAUCUGAUGGAAGCAAAAUCAAGUCAGCAUGGUCACGAUCUUACGAGACCACCCUCCUUGCCGCAGCUGGGCAGCAGCCCUCCCCAAUCGUGGCUUCACAGCCCCCCAGCACAGAUGCCCUGGAGCACAAAUCAACCCUCGCUUGUCAGAUUUACUGGUCGAGUAAUGUACGGAGACUGCGUUGGAAUGAACCACCCUCGUUUCAGUCCCACACCUACUCCUAUUCCAGGACCUUCACAAGUACACUCACUGGGAAUCAAGAGAAAAUUUGACGAUGACGAGGCUGAGAUGAUGAAUGCAGUUAACAAACUCCACAUUUCGGAAUCCGCUCUGGCAUCUCACAAGGCUGGAUUGCAUGCUUUGAACCACGAGGAAGUGGAAAAUAUGGCCUGCGGACCUCGUCUUGUGCUCAGUGACGAGCUGAAACAAUUGACUGCCCAGGAUUCAAUCCUCCCUAAACCUCUCAUGGACAGAAUGAGGAACAAAAAUUCCAUGGCCUUGGUCUUGUGGCAGCCUCCAAAGCCGCGGCUGCUUCCAAUGCUUGAGCCGGAGGAAGACGGGAACAACAACAACAAUAGCGGCGAGAGCAUAGACCUCAACAUCAUGCCAACGUUCAACGAAGAGCCGCGGCUCUCUAAUUACAUGGACCUACAGGAUGAAGACGUCGAAAUGGAAAUGCUGUGAUUCUCAAGUACGCUCAAGGAGUACUGGGCUGUUCUCAUUAAAAAGUAGAGGAUCUUUUUCAUAACUCGAUAUCUUUGUGUUAGGUCAUGAGAAUUUACUAAAAUGUGACUUCGCGUGAAAGAUGUGGUCAUAUUUCAGUGUGUAAAUGGUAAUGUAAAUUUAAUACGUCUCUCACACAUAAAACUGACGCUAAAAAAUGUACCAAAAUGUCUAAACAAUUAGAUUUGAUGCUGUUAGUUGUUCCUCAUAUUUACAGGUUUUGACCGUUUUGACAGAAAAACUCGCAUUUGGUUGGGUCAAAUUUUUUGCCUAGGUUGGAAAAAUGAGCUAUUUGAUAUCUUCUUGCUACGUCAAAUUGUUGUAAAAUAGAUAAAUGCAUUUGUAAAUUGUAAUGGUACACAAUUUCUCUUAUAUUAAAUAAGCGAGUGCUACACAUGUAAAUGAAA